AUGGCUUCUUUCAAACUUCACUAUGCUACUUUUACACUACUUGCUUUGCUCUCAACUUCAACUCUUUGCUUAGCUUUCCCGGGCUUCAACUUUGGAUGGGGUCGAGGUGGUGAUGGUGUUAGCCGUCCUAUUGGUCGUCCAGUUUAUUCUGGACUAUUCCCGGGCUUUUACAGUCACUCGUGCCCUCAAGCUAAUGACAUUGUCAUGUCUGUUCUUAAAAAGGCCAUUUCCCAGGAUCCAAGAAUGGCUGCUUCUUUACUUAGGCUUCAUUUUCAUGACUGUUUUGUUCAGGGAUGUGAUGCAUCUGUGUUGUUGGAUGACCAUCCAACAUUUGCAAGUGAAAAAAACUCUGUCCCUAACAAGAACUCUCUUCGUGGAUUUGAUGUGAUCGAUGAGAUCAAAUCUAAACUUGAACAAGCAUGUCCUAAGACGGUUUCUUGUGCAGACAUUCUCGCCCUUGCUGCCAGAGGUUCCACUGUUCUAAGUGGAGGGCCAAACUGGGAAUUACCAUUAGGAAGACGGGACUCAAAAAAAGCAAGUCUCAGUGGAUCAAACAAGAACAUUCCUCCUCCAAAUUCAACUAUUCAAAAUCUUCUAACGUUUUUUCAGCGCCAAGGACUCAAUGAAGUUGAUCUAGUGUCACUUUCUGGAGCUCAUACAAUUGGGAUGGCAAGAUGUACUACAUUUAAACAGCGUCUAUACAAUCAAAACGGUAACAACCAACCCGAUUCAACUCUAGAAAGAAGCUACUACCAUGACUUAAAAGCAAUAUGUCCUAAAACCGGCGGUGACAAUAACAUUUCACCACUAGAUCUUGCAUCACCUGUAACUUUCGACAAUGCCUAUUUCAAGCUCAUUAUGUCAGGAAAAGGACUUCUUACUUCUGAUCAAGUGCUUCUAUCAGGAAAUGUAGGAAAGACUAUGCAAUUAGUGAAGGAUUUUGCAGAUGAUCACACCCUUUUCUCUAACCAUUUUGCACGGUCCAUGGUUAAGAUGGGUAAUAUUAGUCCCCUGACCGGCUACAAAGGUGAAGUGAGGAAGAACUGUCGUAGGAUUAACUAA